CUUUCGUUAGGCCCACUCCUUGCAUACGCCACAAUUCGAGAUGCGCUUCUCUUUCCCUUUGCUCUUUGCUUUUGGUGCUCUCGUUUCGCAGGUUACGGCUCGCGCCUUACAACCUGCCAAGCGUACCACCUCUGAUGUUUGUGCGGAGGUCAGCGCUGGGUUGACCAUUCCUGGCCUGUUGGGACUUCCGCCCAUCACCAUCGGCAUUUUGAACAUUUGCUUGUGCUUGUCCGGCAUUCCUGACCUUCUUCACACCAAUGCUUUGGUCAUCGCCCUUGUCGAUAUAGUCGGGGUCGUUCAAGCCACAGCGCAAAUUACUGACAUGGUGAACAAGGCAUCCAAGGGCAGCAAGUGCACCUUCCCCGACCAUUCCUUUUCUGUUUGCUCCGCAAGCGACCAUUGCGGCUUCCAAUGCAAGGAUGGUUUCACUCCUUCUCCCGCCAAAAAGCCAACCGACUGUGUCUGCCUCCCGCCCAAAGUGGUCUGCAAUGGCGUUUGCGGCGUUUUCAAGGCUUGCCCAAGUGGUCAUCCCAAGAGAGAGCUCGAGAUUCAGAAGCGUUCCGCUUCCUGCGACCGGGGCUUGACUGCGUGUGGUAUCUACGGUUGGUCUGGACUCCCGGCCUCUCAGGCCUGGGAAUGUAUUGACACCCAGAGGGAUCUUGAGAGCUGUAAGUCCGCUUUGUCCUUCGCUUCUUUUAAUUUACAUCUUCAAAUAUCUGAUCAACGGCUUUUCUCUCCGCAACCUUCAGGUGGCGGAUGUGCUAUCCCGCUUACUCUCGGUACUCCCCGUGGUAUUGAUUGCACCUCUAUCCCCGGCGUCGCAGAUGUUUCUUGCAGUGUCGGGUCUUGUGUCGUUCAUCGUUGCUUGCCUGGUUUCGUCGUCUCCCUCGAUAAGACCUUCUGUGUCCGUAAGGGCGGCGUGAAGUUCAACGGAGAGCUGCCGGCUGCUGCUGCUUACGGGUUGGAGCAUCUGCCGCUCAAGAGGGAGUGAACGUUUAGAUGGUGCCUGGAAGACGAAUUGAAUGAACAUGAACGUAUUGGGUCCGAAGGAAAGAAUGCUUCACUGUCUCCACUCUAUCAUUACCGUAUCAGUGGUGAAGGGAUUACUUGUUGUAGUAGCUUUCGUAGUAUGUGCCUGAUGAUAGCUUCCUGCUUCUUU